UGUAUUCUUUGCCCGGAGGAAUGGUUGAACAUCAUGCAAGUGACCUACAAGAAUCACUUCUCACGCGCUAAAAGUUUCAAAAUAAAAUUAACACAGUUAAUUUUACAGGACGUCACCAUAGAAGAAGAACAAAAUGACAUCAUUGAGGACACACACCAGCGUGCCCAUAGAGGAGCAGUGGAGAACUACGAAGUCAUUAAGAAGAAGUUUUACUUCCCUAAAAUCAAGGACAAGGUACAACGCUUUAUCAACCUCUGUGAGACGUGCCUUGAGAACCGGAAUAAUCCCCUUACUGAUAUUGACGAUCACCCUUACUCAAGCACAAAAACUAACCAUUAGAAACCUGCACGACGAACCUUUAUUGCUUGUAAAGGAAAGACAUUGUAAAAUUCAAACUGGAACAAUUAAAAUAAUCCACCCGAUAAACCUGUCUUCUAUAGAAGAAACAGCGGAGAUCCUGAUUAAAUCAUCUUACCAUAAUAAUGCCCAAACUACUAAUCCACUAACAAAUAUUUUAAAGUAUAAAGCGAAGAAAUUAUACAGCAACAUAUAUCAACUGAAACCUCAACCACACCACCGAUCAAGGAGGUGGAACACCGUUGGAACUGUGUGGAAAUGGAUCGCGGGAACCCCCGACGCAUCUGAUCUCCAAGCCAUCAAUACUACGAUGAACGACUUGAUUGACCAAAACAACCAACAGAUCAUAGUUAAUCAAAAUCUCAACACUCGGAUUCAGCAACUUACUCACGCUAUACAGGAAGUAACCAAUCAGGCCAACCUAAACGACUUGCUAAUGGACGACGUCGAAACAAUUACAUCCAUCGUAAACGUAGAUAUUCUCAAUCAGCUGCUCGAGGACAUUCAAGACGCAAUUCUGCUCUCAAAAAUGUCUAUUACUUCAAACAAAAUCCUAUCUAUUCGAGAAAUUACAACGAUAAGAGAACUUCUUCAAGACCAAGGAAUUAACAUUCACUUACCGGAUGAAGCACUACAAUACGUUACGCCAAAAUUCGCAACGAGUCAUGGAACAUUAUUAUAUUUUAUGCAUGUACCACUGUUAGAGGAGAACACCGCGGAAAUCAUCAGAAUAUACCCAAUCAUCAAUAGUAAUCAAUCAAUCAUCCAAUUCCCAGAAUUCAUAGUCAAAAGUGGUAACCGUAUUUUUGUCACACAAAAUCCGGAAGACUUCGUUCAAAAAUCUUCAUUCUUGACGGAUCUCGGGGACGAAUGUAUCAAACCGUUAAUAACCGGAGUGAAGCCUAAAUGCAACGUUGUAUUCAAUAAUCAAACAAUAAUCAAACUAAUUUCUGACAACACCAUUUUGAUAUCCAAUAUAAGGAAUCAAACAUUAGAAUCAACCUGCGGACCAGAUAAUCGAAGCCUAGAAGGAAAUGUGAUCAUCAAUUUUGAAAACUGCACAAUACAACUCAACAACGAAACAUUUAGAAACGAGGAAUAUAUCGGCGAGCCCAAUAUCAUGUAUAACGCAUUCUAUAAUCUCAAACCAAACUGGAAGCUACAGGAAGACAUCGAUUUAGGAAAAAUUCAUCACGACACAAUACAAAACCGACGACACCUCGAGCAUGUAUACCUAGAACAAAAUAAUCUCAACUUUAAGUUUUGGAGCCUGUUUGGAGGAUUUUCUUUUACCGGAAUUACAGCAGUGAUUAUCAUCAUGCUAAUCAUAAUCAGAUACGGUGGAAAAGGACCGGGACGUUCCUCACUUAGGGAGGGAGAAGUUAUCGCAUCAGUUUGCCCCAACUCCGAAGAAGCCAUACUUAGCCAACUAGGAGACAUCCAACAACAACAACAACAGUUAGCAACAUCGUUAGCAACUUUGAACGAGGCACACAACGGACGAUGAGCAAGAUCAGCAGUUUCCACGGAAUCCACACCUGUCUUCAACCUUACUGAAACCAGCAUGUCAGCAUCGCGCCACCGGACGACGCGAUCCAAUUACACAUAUGGUAAAUUAGCCAGGGAACCAUUCCUCUUCCUAGGCAGGCCUCUGUAAGCUUAAAAUAAUAAACGACAGCCAGUCUUUAUCCAUUAAUCGACGAGUUCAGUUCUGUUUUGUUUUU